GUUGUUGCUCGGAACGAAGGGGCGCGUAUCCCACUUCGUGUGCGGGAUAGUCAAAACGAUGGAGGCUGCGUUAAUUGCGACUAGCCAGUGAAAAUAACGCACCGUGCAUGUACUACGUGUACCGUGUCCUGGAUUCGUGGCCGGCGUAUCCUUUACGCGCGCGCCUCCCGCCCUCUCCCCCCUGUGGCUGUGCCCGUGCUUCUGUGUGCGCGCGUAUCCCUCUUGCGCACAGUGGUCGUCGUCGUUCAUCGCGUAUCGAAACGGAGGAUAAAACGAGGGAGAAUAAAGAGGGAUUAGAAACGAGUGCGAUCAGGACGAGAGGAAAGGCAGUACGAGCGGGGGAAAAUGUCGUCCACAUAGUUCGAAUCGAGGCGGACGGAGAUAGAGAGCGAUAGAGAUAGAGAGAGAGAGAGAGAGCGAGAGAGAGGCAGGUCGAACACGGUGCAGUGGUUUACCCUGAGUUGUUGAAGGGAAAAAGCAGGAAGACGAUGCGAAGGGGACUGAUCUCGUAACAGGAAGAAACGCCUGGCCCGAAGGCGUUAAACGGGAAGGGAAGAGAGUACACAUUUAAUCAUCCUGCGAAGCGAUGUACGCGGCUGCGGGUGGAGCGAGUAUCGCGAACCGAAGGAAGCAGAAACGCUUGCAGCUGAACAAACGCGUCGCCGAGGGUACGAUCCCGCCGCGGCUGAAGGCGACCGUUCCGGUUGCUCAGCACCACUUCCACCACCAGCAGCACCAUCAACACCUCCACCACCACCACCACCCCAGCAAGUUUGCUCGUCCGCACGUAGUCCCACCAUCCUCCACAUCGCAGCUACCACCACCGUCAUCCGCGUUCCAUUCGAGCAUCGACCGACGGCGUCAUGUCGAGAAGUCGCAUCAGCAGGUCGCACCUGUAUCUCCGAUCCAUUUCCCGAUCUCACCGCCGCCGUUGUCCCUCGAGUCACCCAGCUCGGUCACCUGCGCCACCAAAUCCAAUAACUUCCCAUUCCCACCAUCCUCGAUCCUCGAUCUCCGAGUCUCGCCAUCUUCUUCAGAGCUACAGUGUGGCGGGGGUCCCGGCAAAGCAGCAUGGCAAGGAUGCAGCAAACGCUCACCCCUCCCUCUGUCUCCUAUGUCACCUCACGCAUGCCGUGGGGAUGGAUACAAGACGAAGCAAUGCGAGGCUCAUCGACGAUGGAUGAAAAGGAACAGGAUAAGAGACGCAAGCUACUGCUACGGAAGCAGCGGGGAAGAUGACGAUGAAGAUGGAAGCAGCAACCGUCAUCGAGGAGAAGUUAGCGCGGCAGUGAAUACCGUACUUUACGCGGGGUUGGGAACCACAGCGCUCGGAUUAGUUAUAUCGUUUGUCGGCACUGGAGAGAAAGGAUUCCUCAGUCCGGAAUUGAGGCUGGUGGGUCCUUCGCUACUGUGCGCCGGUUUACUGUGUUGCCUAUUUCGGGUGCUGCUCUGCCUCUGUCUAUGUCGUUGCGGUGAGUGCCGCUGGCGGUUUUGCCACAUUGCUUCUGACAAGAAGAAGGAAAAAGUGAGGAAAGCGGAGGCUCGGCCAGCCGCUGGAGUAUUGCCUACGGCCUCACUAUUGCCACCAGCGCAACAGCAACAACACCACCAUCAUCAUCAACAGUCGUCUUCGAGUGGGGCUGCAUCAUCAUCGACGAAAGCACACGAGCUGUUGCUCUCUCCUGCCCAAUUACCAGAGUGAAAACACCAUUACGAACGUUUUCUACGAGGAUCUUACACGCCGAUUAACUGCCGGUUCAUGUCCAACAUAGAAUAUCUUUACCUCCAUUCGACCUGAACCGUUUUCGCAAACAAGAAAAAAACAAUAACAAUCACAGCCUAACUCUAGUUCAAAAUGCGAAAUCUAGCGCUUAAAAAAAGAUUAGUUCACUAAACAAUCGGCUAUGUUUUUCUACCCCUACCGUGUUUGAAAAAGUAAAUAAGAAAACAGAAGAA